GUGCAUAAGACACCUCCAUUAAUAGUCGAAAAGCCUGUGAAUAUCAAAAAUGUACACACAAUAAAAUACUUUGAAGUUAAUUGUAAACCCCAUGAUUGCGGAAUAAAGUUUUGAUGACCUUUCAAAGUGUGGUUUUCCCGAGGGGCCAGGCCAAGCCCGGCGACCGUCUCAGAAAUAAGUCACGUGGCGCCGUGACGUAAACAGUAGAACGCAUGCGUACCGCCCGCUCGUCUGCACAACCAGCAAACCAGUAAACAACCGGACUGAUGGAUCACGAAGAGAAAUUUCAGCACUCUGACUCCAGUGACUCCAGUGAUGAGUUUCAGGAACCCUUCGGUCCAGAUCAUGAUCAGUUUCUAGCGGACAUUGUCACUGUUGAGCCGUAUAGGUACGAACCCUACCUGGACGAUCCGCCAGCGGAGGAGCCGAGCUCCGGCAGUGACGAAGACCUUGGCGCUGGCGCUGCCGGUUUUCAACAUGGGGGCGCUGAAGCAGGGAUCCCGCGAGACAUACAAAAUGUCGAAUCAUGGUGUACUUGCGGACUCUGUGAAGUGAUGCCUACACUCACUGAGAGCAUUUGCUGUCAUGAGCAAGACAGAGUGUCUGAAAAAAGAGACGGCCUGCAGUGUAUCGUUCAGCACCCCGGCUUUGAGCCCGUGUGCUUGAAUGAAUAUGGUCUGGAGGUGGCACACAUCAACUACCAGGACCAAUAUGGAGAGAAUCUUGGAAAUGAGUGGAAGAGAUACACAGCAUACAGGCAGUUUGUCCGGUGGUGCUACGGGCACUUGGGCAAGGAGAUCAGAGUCCCUCUGCCAGCGUGUGUUGUGUCUACCAUUAGGAGGGCAUUUUCCUCUCCUAACUACACCGGGUUCAUGGAAAACCGUGAAUGAGCAAUUAAACAAACUGUUGAACUGA